AUGUCUGAUAUCAAUAUUAAAUGUGUAUGCGUUGGAGAUGGUGCAGUUGGUAAAACAAUGCUGUUAAUGAGCUAUGCUUUUGGUAAAAUAGCAGAUGACAGCUAUAUUCCAACAGUUUUUGAUAAUUACAGUGCAAAUACAAAGUACAAUAAUGAAGUUGUGUUGAUUUCCAUGUGGGACACAGCUGGUCAGGAAGAUUAUGAUCGAAUUCGUCCACUUUCUUAUCCAGAUACAGAUGUUUUCCUUGUAACAUAUAGCACAGUCAAUCCAGAUAGUUUUUCCAAUGUCCAAACUAAAUGGAUAAAGGAAAUUAAAUACCACAAUCCUCAUACACCUUUCGUCCUCGUUGGAACCAAGAAAGAUUUAAGGACGAAUGAAGAUUUCCUUCGAUGCCUCGAAGAACGUGAAAUGAAACCAGUCACCACACAAGAAGGAAUGAAUCUCGCUAAGGAAACGGGUGCAUUUGCCUUUAUGGAAAGUAGUGCAUUGACACAGGAGGGAGUUAAGGAAGUUUUCGAACAAGUGAUUAAGGCAUAUAUGCAUGAAGAAGUGGUGGAGAAUCAGAGAAUUAAUGAUAAAACCAAAAAGAAGACUUGCAAUAUUUUGUAA